CUAAAUUUUGAGACGCUCCGUUUGCAGGUUGCAUCUUCCUUCUCUCCAUGGCACUUCAUGAAGUGGAUCAUGGCCUUAUCAGCCAAUUAUUGGUGGACUCUGAGGAAAAUCUUAAUGUAUGCGCAGAGAAAAUGCAGCCCCCCUCUCCAUAUAACUGGAGUGCUGACUGGAGUUUUUGGAUCUCAAGCUCCACUUACAAAUAUAGGAAUGAGGAAUUCAAGAGACAGUUCGCACAUCUGCCAGAUUUGGAAAAGCUUGUCGUAGAUUAUGCCUGUGCUCUACAGAAAGAUAUCCUUCUUCAAGGACGCCUGUAUCUCUCUGAAAACUGGCUGUGUUUCUACAGCAACAUCUUCCGAUGGGAGACCACAAUUUCUAUCGCCUUGAAGGAUAUAACCUUCAUGACAAAGGAGAAGACGGCUCGGCUCAUCCCAAAUGCCAUCCAAAUUGCCACUGAAGGAGAGAAGUUUUUCUUCACUUCAUUCAGUGCCAGAGACAGAAGCUACCUCAGUAUCUUUCGAUUAUGGCAGAAUGCAUUGUUGGAGAAGAGAUUGACCAAGCAGGAAUUCUGGCAGCUUGUGCAUCAGAGCUAUGGUUCUGAGCUGGGCUUGAAUACAGAAGAGAUGGAAAACAUUUACUUAUCCUCUGAGAACGGACAGUCGAGAUCAAGCCUUUGUGACGAAUCUGGGGAGAAGGAGCUACCUAAAGCCAUUAGUGUAAUUCGAGAACCCAUUGCUCAGAUAUUUGAAGAUGAAACAGAGUCCCUUAAUGGAAACACACUGAAAGAGGGGGAUGAGCCAGAAGACUCUUACUAUUUUAAACAAGACAGGAGGAAUUCUCUGUUUCCUUCAGAAAGGAAGCCAGCUGAUGUAGGUCGAUGCAAAUUUUCAGUACAGUCAUUGGAUCUAAAUGAGAAGAGCAGUGCCUCAGAAAGUGAUGGAGAAGUUGAGGGAACCGUCCCUGAGAGUGAUCUUCAUGGAAAAAUCUUUAUCAAUCGGGUUUUCCGCAUUGGUGCAGAUAGGCUGUUUGAAAUGCUUUUCACCAAUUCCCAUUUCAUGCAGAGGUAUCUCACUACCAGAAAUAUAACAGAUACUGUAUCAUCCCCUUGGAACAGAGACGAUGAAGGCAAUCAGCUGAGGACCAUGACUUAUACUAUUGUGCUUAACAAUCCACUUGUUGGAAAAUUCACAACUGCAACAGAAAAGCAGGUCUUGCAUAAACGGAACCACAAGGAUCAGUCAUAUCAGAUAGACACAGAGGUGAUGACCCAUGAUGUGCCUUACCAUGAUUACUUCUACACUGUGUAUAGUUACCGUAUUGCCCGUAUGUCCAGUCAGAAAUGCAGACUACGGAUUUCCUCUGAUGUGAAAUAUAAGAAGCAACCAUGGGGGCUUGUCAAGAAUAUCAUAGAGAAGAAUACAUGGGGUGGGAUAAAGGAGAAUUUUAAGCAACUUGAAUCAGAAUUGAUCAUGGAAGAAUAUGCAAUAAACAAGCCUAUAGAGGAUCCAACGAAACUAGGUGUCCUGAGGAGGAGGAGAUGGACUUUACAAAAGAAUGUGGGAGAAGUGCUUCCUAAGCGCUCUGUGGAAUACUCUUCUGGAGACAAAGGACCAAAAAGGGAUGCAACGAAUAAGACCAUCACCAUCAUAGUGGUAAUGAGUAUCUUUCUACUCCUGCUAGUUUUGCUGAAUGUGACAUUGUUCCUCAAACUAUCAAAGAUUGAACAUGCAGCUCAAUCGUUUUACCGUGUUCACCUUCAGGAAGGUUCUGCCAAUUUAGCCAUUAAUGUGGCAUCCAGAGAAAGAAUAUCUCGGCAUGAUGCAGAUCAAGUCCAGCAUGUGAAAGGUGUGCUAAGGGAUUCUAUAGCAUUGCUUGAACAGCUGAAGAGUUCUCUUUCUAUGCUCCAAAGUAGCUUUGAUCAUCUAAACAAGACAAAAAUCAGGAAGCCUGAGAGUUGAUGUCACCAACACCAGCUACUAAGGGGAAUGAAGCUAUGUUGUAUUUAUGGCGAAACUGUUUAUUUUUCUCACAUUUUUCCUUGGCAACACUUGCAAGUCUUGCACAUCUAAUAAAUAUCUUUAUACAAUGAAUUUAGCUUUUUUUCAAUCUCCCCCUAAUCCGCUUGGCAUCUUUUUUUUCUUUUUUGUGUGAGCCAUUUUUUGAACUGUGAAUAUCUGGUGUGAAUGAGUAAGUACACUGAGUGGUCUGGGAAUUAUGUGAUAUGCAAAUUGAAAAGAGCCUCCAGCAAGCCAGUGUGAUAUGUAAAGAAACAUAAACUGGGCUCAGAUAGAUUUGAAGAAUUGGCAGUGCUGUGAAAGAAACAACAUAGAUUGUCUUGUGAAGGUUGUCAUACAUCCAUUUGCUC